CUACCACUGCUUCCCUACCUACUGCUCUCGCUCUCAAUCCCACAACAAACAACCAACUACUAGCAGCAGUAGUAGCGUCGAAGAAGAAGAAGAAGAUGUCCUACUUCAUUGGUGUUUCUUCCUUGUAUCAGACUCCUUCUUCUCUGGACUUCACCAGAAGGCUCACCCCUUCACCUCUAAAUACGUUUGACGGGCCACGCUUCGGUGUGUUCCAGAAGCUCCCCAUCACCAAGUCCUUCGAGUCUUGCUGUCGCUCCGUCAGAAGCUCCAGGCCGAAUGCUCCUCCGCUUGUCACCUCUGCCAUAGCAACCCCUAAUUCGGUCCUCAGCGAGGAGGCCUUCAAGGGGCUUAGCGACUUUCUCAGGUCUUCAUUGGAAUCAGAGGGAGAAGAGGAAGAGGGUGAUUACGGCUCUGAUGGCUUCACGUCGGAGGUUGAUGGCAAUGGAGAUGAGGAAAAUUCCAUUGCUAAUCUUGGAUUGCCCCAACAGCUCGUCACUUCACUUAACAAACGAGGGAUUACCCACCUUUUCCCCAUUCAGAGAUCCGUGUUAAAUCCUGCUUUGGAAGGACGAGACAUCAUCGCUCGAGCAAAGACUGGAACAGGGAAGACACUUGCAUUUGGAAUUCCUAUCAUAAAGCAACUUACUGAAGAAGACCAGGGACGAAGUGUAUCAAGGCGAUCAGGUCGUCUUCCUCGUGUCCUAGUUCUGGCACCUACGAGGGAGUUGGCAAAGCAAGUGGAAAAGGAAAUUAAGGAAUCAGCAUCUUAUCUUAAUACAGUGUGCGUGUAUGGAGGUGUAUCCUACAUCCAACAGCAGUCUGCGCUGGCUCGUGGUGUUGAUGUUGUUGUAGGAACUCCUGGUCGGAUUAUUGACCUGAUCAACAGUGGCAAUCUUCGGUUGGAGGAAGUGCAGUAUUUGGUCCUUGAUGAAGCUGAUCAGAUGCUUGCUGUUGGAUUUGAGGAAGAUGUGGAAGUCAUUUUAGAAAAGUUGCCAACAAAACGUCAAAGCAUGCUUUUCUCUGCAACAAUGCCUGGUUGGGUGAAAAAGCUGGCUCGAAAAUACCUAGAUAAUCCUCUUACAAUUGAUCUGGUUGGCGAUCAAGAUGAAAAGCUAGCAGAAGGGAUUAAACUUUAUGCCAUACCUACAACCGGAACCUCCAAGCGUACUAUUCUUAGUGACUUGAUAACGGUUUAUGCAAAGGGUGGAAAAACCAUUGUUUUCACCCAGACAAAACGUGAUGCUGAUGAAGUCUCAAUGGCACUGACUAACAGUAUUGCCUCUGAGGCAUUACAUGGGGAUAUAUCACAACAUCAACGAGAGAGGACAUUAAAUGGGUUUCGUCAAGGGAAGUUCACUGUGCUUGUUGCAACUGAUGUUGCUGCUCGUGGUCUUGAUAUCCCAAAUGUUGAUCUGAUUAUUCAUUAUGAAUUACCAAAUGACCCAGAAACUUUUGUUCAUCGAUCUGGUCGCACUGGGCGUGCUGGGAAAGAAGGCACUGCGAUCUUGAUGUUCACUAGUAGUCAAAGGAGAACUGUCAAGUCCCUUGAGCGUGAUGUGGGUUGUCGGUUUGAAUUCAUCAGCCCACCCCCGAUACAAGAUGUAUUGGAGUCAUCUGCAGAGCAAGUUAUCGCUACAUUGCAGGGUGUACAUCCAGAAUCCAUACAGUUUUUCCUACCAACAGCACAAAAAUUGACAGAAAGACAAGGGAUGAAUGCCCUGGCUGCCGCAUUGGCACAUUUGAGUGGCUUCUCUCAACCACCCUCAUCACGUUCUCUUAUUAGCCAUGAGCAGGGGUGGGUAACAUUACAAUUUACAAGAGAACCAGGAGUUUCAAGAGGGUUUGUCUCUGCAAGAUCUGUUACUGGUUUUCUUUCUGAUAUCUAUUCUGCUGCAGCGGAUGAAGUUGGAAAAAUAUACCUGAUUGCAGAUGAUAAGGUUCACGGUGCUGUGUUUGAUCUCCCUGAGAAGAUAGCGGAAGAAUUACUGGAUAAGAAGUUGCCCCCUGGAAAUACCUUAUCUAAGAUCACCAAGCUCCCUCCAUUGCAAGAUGAUGGCCCUCCUAGUGAUUAUUAUGGUCGGUUUUCAAAUUCAGACCGUGGUUUCCGAGGUGGUUCUAGGGAACGAGGUUCUAGACGCUCUAGAAGCUGGGGUGGUGAGGACUCUGAUAGUGAUGACGGAUUCCGGCGUGGUGGCCGAAGUUAUAGAACUGACAAUAUCAGGUCUAAGCCCUACAGAGGGGGUGGGGGUGAUGAUGAUUGGCUUAUAGGUAGUAGGCGUACCAGCCGGUCAUCAUCCUUUGGAAGCCGGGACAGGAGUUUUCCUGGGGCAUGCUUCACUUGUGGCAAAUCUGGGCAUCGAGCAUCUGAUUGCCCAAACAAACAACGAUACUAGUUAUGGACAUGGACAUCACAACUCUUUGAGGGAAGAAGUCUGGUGCUUAUAGCAUUUUGCUUUCCAAGAUUGGCUAACAAUGUUUUGCUGGUUACAUAACUGGUGAAAUAUACUACACUGCAAAGUGAAGGCACAGGAAAUUGCUUGAACUUACGGUGGAGAAUUUACUGCCUAGUGUUGGAUUUGUAGUUUUGAUACAGAUAUCAUGUCUGGACGGUGGUGACACAACAAUGGCGUAUGCUUCUUCAUGACACUUAUUAUUUUCAUUUUUUUUUCCUGCGCAAAUUGGAAUGGCCCUCGAGUUAUUUUAUUGUACGACUAAUGCCUGUACCUGUUGCUCUUAUAACUAUGAGACUUAUUGAACUGCAUCAUUGUGGCAGAAAGGGGCUCGUGUGGCCCUGCUUUGUGGCAAA